UCGUUCAAUCUGCGCCGUCAAAUUCACUGCGGCAUAGAUAUUUUUGUAUUUUAGUUCUAGUUUCUGGGGCAGACGCUGUACCGGUGUAGGUUUUGUGGGCGUUAGGGUUUUUGAUGGGUGAGGUUGUGGUGAGCAGUGAGGCAGGAGGAGGAGGCAUGGAGGGUGAGGUGGAGAAGAAGGAGGUGGGCAGUGGGGUUGUGAGGUGGGAGAGGUUUCUUCCCAGAAUGGUUCUCAGGGUUUUGUUGGUUGAAGCGGAUGAUUCCACCAGGCAAAUUAUCGCUGCGCUUCUCAGGAAAUGCAGUUACAAAGUUGCUGCUGUUCCUGAUGGCUUAAAGGCAUGGGAGGUACUGAAGGCUAGACCCCACAACAUUGACCUCAUAUUGACAGAAGUGGAGUUGCCAUCAAUAUCUGGCUUUGCUCUCCUCACCUUGAUUAUGGAACAUGAGAUCUGCAAAAACAUUCCUGUUAUAAUGAUGUCCUCACAUGGUUCGAUAAACACGGUUUAUAAAUGCAUGUUGAGAGGUGCAGCUGACUUUCUUGUUAAGCCUGUUAGAAGAAAUGAGCUGAAGAAUUUGUGGCAACAUGUCUGGAGAAGACAAUCUUCAACUGUUAGCGGAAAUGGCCCCCAAGACGAGAGUGUUGCACAACAGAAGGUCGAAGCCACUUCUGAAAACAACCCCACAAGUAAUCACUCAAGUGAUCAUGUUGCUUGUAUUCAGAAAAAUAAGGAAGCACUCAAUAAAGUGAGUGAUGCUCAGAGCUCUUGUUCAAAGCCAGACUUGGAAGCUGAGAGUGCCUACAUGGAAACUAUGCAGGAUUUCUCAAAUCCGACAUGGAGCAGAUCUCUUGUGAGUGACACAAAAAUGCAGAAGAAUGAAGAAUAUGCCAAAUUGGGCCCGAAAUUUCUUAUGCACAAUAAAGAGGCUGGGGGAACACUGGAGGCUGCCUGCAGGGAUGUGAACACAAUGACUCAGCCUGAAGCAGUGGAACCAGAAAAUGAUGGGCAAGGUGCUAACGCUCCUAGUGAGGCUUGUGGUAACAAUGCCAUAUUGGGCAGCUCAUCUAGAGAAGCCAUCGACUUGAUUGGAGUAUUUGAUAAUUCUCAAAAAUGCACUUAUGGAAAUUCUUGUUCAAAUAAUGGCACCAAAAAGAGUGAUUCUAUUCCACAGUUGGACCUUUCCUUGAGAAGAUCUCAUCCUAGUAGCCCUGAGAAUCAAGUUGCUGAUGAAAGGCAUACACUGAACCAUUCUAAUGGCUCGGCCUUUUCACGCUACAUAAACAGGUCAUUGCAGCCACCACAUCUACCAUCAACAGGUGUUUUCAAUCAGCAGAAAAACUUUGGAGCUGAUUCUGAUAAACGUUUAUCUCAGCUGGUUACUGGUUAUAACUCUGAUAUUACUAGUCCCACACUGAGUACUCAAAGAAGUGUGAUCUCUCUAGCUACUAGUCCAUCUGGACGAGUUGAAAUUGCACUUUGUGGCCCUCAACAGAGAGCUUUUCCUGCUCCAGUUCCAGUGAGAGGUGUAAGGUUUGAUGGUCUGUGUACUGGUUAUGGUUCUGUGGUUCCCCCAAUAUUUUGUGCACAAUCAGGCCCAUCACCUAUGCCAAGUCCGGGUUCAGCUGGGCAGCAGGAACUCUCCUUUCGAGCAAAUCCAUGUCAUCUAUCCAGACAUGAAACUAGUGAUUCUCAACAUCUUUGUAACGCACUUGAGCAAAAUGCCAACAAUUCCACCAGCCAGACUAAUCACAAGCCAGAGCACAAAUUGGACUCAUUGGAGGGUCAAGGGCACUUCUCUCCUGCCACUGAUCAGAAUUCAAGUAGUAGUUUUGGUAAUGGUGGUGCAAGUAAUCUGAAUAGCUUUGGGUGUGGAAGCAUUUGUGGAAGUAAUGGGAAUGCCAAUACAGUUGCUGUUGUUCAGGCUGCUGCAGAGGGCAAGAAUGAAGAAGGUAUCUUCAGUCAUGAAGGACACUCUCAACGAUCUAUCCAAAGAGAAGCUGCUCUAACCAAGUUUCGCUUGAAGCGGAAAGACAGAUGCUUUGAGAAGAAGGUUCGUUAUGAAAGCAGAAAGAAGCUUGCAGAGCAGCGACCCCGAGUAAAAGGACAGUUUGUUCGACAAGUGCAUACCAUCCCCCCACCUGCAGAGCCUGAUACAUACUAUGGCAGUUCGUUUGAUGGUUAGUCACUCAACUUCUUCCAGAAGGGGAAGCAGAUGCACCUAACUGCAUUGAAGAUCUCAGAUGAUCUGCAAGCGCAAAAUUUCCACCUCUUCGAUUUCUUGAAGCUUGAGGAACAGAGAGGAGGGAACACAAGGAGCAUUGAAGGUACUUUCUAAUUUCAGUAGCUUCUUGUCUCCCUUGUGGGUUUUGACUUGAAUAGUCUUUGUAUUUGUUGUGAAAUGGGUUUUGUAAAUUUCCAAUCCUGCCUUUCUCUGCAUUAUGUGAAGGAGCUGUUGAGUUAAUUUUUUUGUUUUGUCCAUAUGUAGAUAUCUUUAUUCAGUAACUCUCAUACAUUAAAUAGUAUAUAAUUUUUGCAUUGCUCAUCCAUAUCCAAGUUUAAAUGAUCUUGGGUCCAAGAGCUCUGUAGAUUUUUAUGAAGUGAACAUUGGUUACUUUUGUUCA